GACGCGGGGCGGGGCACGGGGUGCUCGUAUGAAGGAGCGACGAAAACGACUCCAGGAAUCAGUCUCUGGCGGACGGCCAGUGAGGCGCCAAUGACGGUGGCCUUGUUGACCGCCAGCGGUGCUGUCGUUGGAAGUAGCUCUUCGUUAGACGCGCUAGGAAACUGCUGAUAAUCGAUCACGAAUCUUGUCUAAAUCCAAAACAACCUAGACAAAUUCCGAUUUCCCUAUUUCCAGAGAAUUGCUGUGGGGGGACGUGGUUGACUGAAUUUUCAACCCUCAAUAUUUUUCUACCCAGCCAUCGAAUUAUUUCGAAACGAAGGAAUUUUAUUUCUUUACUGGGAAUCUCUCACCUGAGUGAAAUUCACAUCCAUACUUACAAGUGUUAAUCCCUAGCAAGGAAACAGACUUUUCGCACUUUGGCUCUCUGGCUUAGGUCUUCCAGUGUCAAGUACAUGAACUUAAAGGCUGUAAGAAGUGCCUUAUUUUAAAAUCCAAAUUUCUCGAAGACUUGCAGGGUAUGAAGGCCUAUAGUUGGCUUAUUUUUGAGGCGUAUGAUAAGAAUUAAUUUGCAAAUUGCCAUUUUCCCUUGAAACGUUAGUAAUUCCCUCCAGACUAUCAAUAUUUUUGGUCUGCGUCGUCUGCACCAUGGGGUGAGUGUCCCGCCAUUUCGCUUUGCUCUCAUUGGCCUUGGAGUGGUCACGUGACGUGGUAGGGGCGUUUGUGCUUCUGUGUGUAGAUCAAGAUCGCCUUCAGAAAAUUGUCAGGGUUAGAAAUAACAAGAAUUAACGUCUCUUUUAAAAAAACUGUCUCUCUUGGGUGAAUCUAGGCAACAGUUUUCAAUUUCAAGACCACCAGUAAGUUUAAGACAUUUGCAUCUUAGCCUCAACAAAUCACUCAUGUUUUUUUUAUGGUUAUUUGAGUAAGAGAAUGACUAUUCUCAUAAAUACACCACAAUUUUUUUUUAUUGCUUUUUUAAGAAAUUUGUACUCUCUAAUGUCCCUGAUGUACUCAUUCUGCUGCACUUUAAAGGGUAGGCCUAUAUUAUGUCAGUGUUCUCUGUUGCUUUCAGUGUCGGUUCCAUUGUUUGCCAACAUUGUUGGAAUUUUUUUAGAGGAUGGUGCAGUUUGUACAUACUAUGAUUUCGCCACACAUGGCAUUAAGUAUGACAGCGGAGAUGUAGUGAUGCUUCCUCGCCAUGACCAGAAGACAGCAGUCGUCAUCUUAGGAAUUCAUGUGAUCUUGGGAAAAGCUGCAGAAGCAGCCAAAGUGUAUUUCAAACGAUUGUGCAAAUGGGACGACGUGCCUUACAGUGAAGUAAAAGUAUUUGGCCAUGAGUUGGCUCCUAUCGAGGAGGAAGUUUCUCAAGUGGCCAUAUUUGAGACUCAAGGAAUUCAAGGUAUCACUAAUCCGAGCACAGGUCUAAAUGUAGUCAGGCGCAUCCUCUCAAUGUGUGAAAUAUUACUUUUCUGAAUUUAACUCCAAACCUAAGCUGAAGGCAAGAAUGGAGGUCAACUGUGCCUUGAAGGCUUCAGACUGUACAAUUCUACCACACAAAUAAUGUGCACGUAUAGUGACUUACACCCCAAAUUUUUAAUACAUUAUUUUUCCUCCAGGGCCGGUGCUUGUCCGAGAAAAUGUUUUUUACUUGAAUGGCCAGAAUGAACCUCAAUAAAAGGACUAGAUAAAUAACUAUAAUUCUAAAAACUGUCUUUUAACAUAUUUAAUGUUCAGUAAAAUCGAAAAAUUGAAAUUUUAAAAUAUUGACAACAGAAACAAGUGUUACAAUUAAACACAUUCAAUAAAGUGACACAAAAUUA